CAGUUUCUUACUUCAUGGACAUGCUUGUGAUAUGAUCAACAUCGUCUCCUUAAUUACUUGGUUUACCAUGCCGCUGCCUGCUGCCGUUUCAUUUUUUCUCUUUAAUACUUCAAUUUUCAUCAAAUGAAUGCAUGUCUUGCUGUUGAUUGUUGUUUCUCCAUCAUCUUUCCCAGUUGGGUUUCCCUAAAUAUGGGCCACAAACUUCUUCCAGAGGUUUUCCGCUUGUGGGUCUUGGCAUGCUUUCUUCUUCCCGCUGCUUCCUCUACUCGCAUACUGAGAAUUGGUCUGAAGAAGCAACGUCUUGAUUUGCAUGCCAUUAGAGCUGCCAGAACAGAAAUAAGUGAUUUGGGUGAUUCAGAUGGAGAUAUACUGCCGCUCAAAAACUACUUAGACGCUCAAUACUAUGGAGUGAUUGGCAUUGGUUCGCCUCCCCAGAACUUCACUGUAGUAUUUGACACAGGCAGCUCCAAUCUCUGGAUUCCUUCUUCAAAGUGCUACUUUUCUAUAGCCUGCUACUUCCAUUCCAGAUACAGGUCAACCAAAUCCACCACAUAUACCAAGAUCGGAAAAUCUUGCGAAAUAAAUUAUGGCUCUGGAUCCAUUUCGGGUUUCUUGAGUGCAGACAAUGUUGAAGUUGGGAAUGUUAUUGUGAAAGAUCAAGUUUUCAUGGAGGCAACCCGUGAAGGAAGUGUUGGUUUUCUACUGGCAAAGUUUGAUGGAAUUCUCGGACUUGGGUUUCAAGAGAUGUCUGUUGGGAAUGUUGUGCCAUUGUGGUAUAACUUGAUGGGGCAGAAGCUAGUAAGUGAAGAAGUAUUCUCAAUCUGGCUCAACAGGGACCCAGAUGCAGAAGAGGGAGGUGAGAUUGUAUUUGGUGGCAUUGACGAAAAACAAUACAAGGGAAAGCAUACUUAUGUUCCAGUAACUAAAAAAGGUUACUGGGAGUUCAACAUGGGAGAUGUUCUUAUCGGAAAGAAUUCAACAGGCGUUUGUAAAGAUGGGUGCGCUGCCAUUGUGGAUUCUGGAACUUCCUUGGUGGCUGGACCGACUGCCGUUGUGGCUGAAAUCAACCAUGCCAUUGGAGCUGAAGGCGUGAUCAGCUCAGAAUGCAAGCAAGUUGUUUCAGAAUAUGGAAAUUUAAUAUGGGAUCUUUUAGUAUCAGGGGCUCAACCUGGGCAAGUAUGUUCACAGCUUGGUUUGUGCAUUUUCAAGUACUACGAGAGGAAUGUGAUUAAAAGGGUGGUUAAGAAGGAAAAAGAAGCAGAAGCUGGGGAUGCUGGUCUCUGCACUGCCUGCGAGAUGACUGUAAUUUGGGUUCAGAAUCAACUCAACCAAAAGAAAACUAAAGACAAAGUGUUACACUACGUGACUCAGCUGUGUGAAAGCCUACCCAGUCCUUCAGGGGAAUCAACAGUUGACUGCAAUAAAAUCUCUUCCAUGCCAAUCAUUACAUUCACGAUUGCAGAUAAGCCUUUUACACUCACUCCCCACCAGUAUAUCGUAACGACUGGAGGAGGCAUGGAUAGAGUGUGCGUAAGUGGGUUUUCGGCACUCGAUCUGCCUGUCCCAAGAGAGCCUACUCCUACUACUCCUCUGUGGAUUCUUGGAGAUGUAUUCAUGGGAGUAUAUCACACCGUCUUUGACUUUGCUAAUAUGGAGAUUGGCUUUGCUGAAGCUGCUUGAUUUGUUCAGAAUCUACCCUUUCACUAAUAUAAUCAUCAUCGUUGCAAUUCCUCCAUGUUAUUUUAUAUUCUCCCUCAGUGCCAGUUCCAUUAGUAGUGGUAGUGGGAAUGAUUAGUGUUCAACAUUUAGUUUGAACUGGUAAAUUAAUGUUAUUUUUAAAACAUUAUUGGACCCCCUCCAGGGUGGUUUUGAAUGUGUAUAUAUAUAUAUAUUUCAAAAUCCUUGCAA